CGCACAGAAUGCACAUAACCAUGGGUCCCGAUGCCUGUCGAUACUGGUCUCAAUCUUUGCGAGGCGCCACUUGGCGAUGCUGCAGACCAACCUAAAACAGAGUAGCAACAUUCAAAAUGUAUUCGAAUUAUCCUAUGAGAGGAUUUACAACUUUUACAACUCUACAACGAGCUUUGCAACAAAUGACGUCGGUGGCCGAUGGGGCGUGGAUGGAUAGAGGCUGCGAGUGAACGAUGGGAUGUUGGAGCGGAGACAGAACUGGCGGGGAGGGAAGGACGGAGAUUGGGGUGCGACGGCAUCAAGAUUUGAUGAAUCAGACAACGAGUAGGCUAUACAACCGCGGCCGGCAUAGAAGGAAAGAAAGAGCAGGGGGGGGGCAUAAAAACAAUAGAAGCUGGCAAUGGACACAUGUGUGGCGAGGUGGUGAGAAUAAUCGACAUCGCAGUAAUGGCUUGGCUUCAAUCUAGCGGGUCGGCUGAGCGGGAUGGGUGGGAGCCGUGAAAGGAUACCGCCAUGCAUGUCUCGAGCGAUCCAAACGGACCGCCAAAUCAAGUCUACAGGAGCCACCGAUGCGGAUCACCAAGGCAAGCCAUCGAGGACGCAGCACAUAGAGCGACGGCAGGUCAUAGAACGGCGACAGGCCGUGGGAACGGGUGCGGAUCACACAGCCGCGGGUCGCAGGGGACUCUCGAGUGCGGAAUCGUGCUCGGUGUUUUCGAGGUCGUGCAGGAGCUCUCUGGUCAUUUCGGGCUCAACUAGAGAGCGACGGCUCUUGAGGCGAUCAAUCGAGGCUCUCGUGAACAGCAGAGGCGACUCGAUCGUGGUUUCGAUCUUCUGGAGCAUCAGGGCGGGAUACUUUGUCAUGGACACACGCACGGUCUCGACAGAGGCCAGCGACGACAUGGACUGGUACGAGCUCGCCAUGUCCGGCACAGACCGGGCCGUGGACAGAGGCGAUUCUGUGAUUUGGGUCUUUUGGUUCGCAGGCGAGGCUGAGCGGAAGUUGGAGGCGUCCUCCAUCAUAAUGCUGUGGGUGUUGGAGAGUGCCUUGGGCGGCAUCGAGACAAUCCGCUCGCCGUUGCGGGCGGCGCCAGGAGCGAACGGGGGCUCUUCGGGAUACAUUCGCUGUUGGUUCUUGCGGUCGCGUUGGGUGCGUCGCAAGACAACUGCGGCCAGGCCACCGCUGGCGAGGACACAGGCUCCGACAAUCAGGCCGAUGGUGGUGGGAGCGAGUCCAGAGCUACCGGAUUCGACCGAGGGCGUGCCUGCAGUCGUUGGAAGUGAGGGAGCGUUGGAGGCCGAUGGAGCGUCUGGGGUUUGUGGGCGGGCGACCAGGGUCGGUUGCGCAACCGAGAUGGGCGCGGCGGUGCCGAGGACGAGGUUGACGUUGGUCGAAGUGGACUGGGUCGAGCAUUGUUCCUGGCGGCGCAGACAAGUGGUGAUGGUUGCGAUGGCCUCCCAAGUACCCGGCUGUAGCGAUGGAGCCGAGAGCACGGCCGAGCAGGAGGUUGAGAAGAAACAGGCCCGGUUGGGCCCGUCACCGGAGCACUGGGCCUGGCCGGGCGUUGCGUUGUUACAGAGCACCACGGGCUGGGACGAGCCGCUGGCCUGGAGCGCAAAGGAGGCGUUGAACGGGGCGGCGCCUCCGGGACCCCAGGCGGCAAAGAUGCCCUCGCCUCCUCUGGGUGAGAAGGUGGUGUUGAGCUGAAGGGUCUCGGUGCUGCCUAUUGCCCAGGCAUCGCUGUUGGCAGCGGUCAAGGCGAGAGUCGGCUGGAACUGGGCAGCAGCGCCGGUGGCCCCGAGGACGAGCACCGCCAGCGCUGCGAGUUGGUGCUGUCGGGCGGUCAUGGAAGGGCGCACGUUGGACACGCAGACGGAUGCGAUGAGAAGCGAGGCGACGAAAAGCAGAGGACCGAUGGGAGC